UCCCAGACUACGGUAACCACAGUUAGUGUUAGUAGUGGCUACUCACCUGUAGUGAUACUUUGAGUGCGAUCUUCUGCUCCUCAUUAGAUCAUUUAUUGGUGGUGGGGUAUAGUCUCAGUUUUAAGAACCGUGUAUCGUUUUUGUAAAGCUAUAUGUUGUAACGAUGCGACAUCUCUGUAUUUGUUGUUUGAAUUGAUGGCAGACGAUGGCUGAGAAGCACACAAACAAUGACCUGGAAAACAAAAUAUGUACCUUUCUGAACGACAAAGAGGACGGAGCCACAGCACUCCAAAUAGCGAAAGGUGUUGGCCUGCAGAAAGCCAGUGAUGUCAACAGUGUCUUAUACCGGCUGGAGAAAACGGGGCAGCUGUUCAGGAAUUCCGACCAGCCACCCAUAUGGGCCCGUCAGAAGUGCUUAGCCGCCACUGUGAAGAACUCUCAACCAACGGAUGCUUUGGCAGGGGAAUUAAAAAAGCUGCUGUUAUCGGACGGCCAAAACAAGGGGAUGAAACGAUCUCAAUUAGCAGAAAAGCUGAACGUGUCCCGAAGUGAGGUGAACAAGUGUCUUUAUGGCUUGAGUAUAAGUGGAGAGGUGAAGAGGUUGGGGGAGACGUCAUUGUGGAAAGUUGAUGGAGCGAAGGGAGGAGGCCAGCUGAUAGAAUAUGAAGGGUACUUUCAAGAUUGUUCCAUCAAAUUGAAGGAAGACUCCAGGUUCUUCCGAGAUUUUGACCUGGUGUCUGUGCUAGGAGCAGGAGGCUUUGGGUGUGUUGUCAAAGCCAAACACAAGCUGGAUGGCAACAUCUAUGCAGUAAAGAUUUUGGCUAAUACAAUAAAGGCCAGCAGGGAGGUAAAAGCACUGGCCACGUUCAGGCAUCCGAACAUCGUUCGUUACUACUCGUCUUGGGAUGAAGAGGCUUUUUGGAUUAAUGAAUUUGACGAUGAUGACAGUACAACGAGCUCCCAAUACCGAACUGGUUCAGACCAGAGAGACUCCUGGAGUUCAGCGAAUGGAGCUGAAAAAAGUGGAAGAGACUUGUCCUGCCUGUUCAUUAAAAUGGAGUUCUGUGAAAAGGGAACCCUCAAUGACUGGAUUAAAAAAAGGAAUGAAGGAACAAAAAAUAAAUUAAAAACAGCUGAGGCACUCCACAUGUUUCGCCAAAUAGUCAGUGGAGUAGAAUACAUCCACUCUAAAGGACACAUUCACCGAGAUCUGAAGCCUGAAAAUGUGUUUAUUGGAGAAGAUGAGACUUUGAAGAUUGGAGAUUUUGGGCACGUUACCAACUCUAGUCCUGUUAGUCGCACUUUAGAUAAAGGAACACCGAUUUACAUGAGCCCUGAGCAGAAGACAGACACGGAUUAUGACGACAAAACUGACAUUUUCGCCCUUGGACUGAUAUGUUUUGAGAUUCUGUGGGAAAUGCCCACUGAUUCAGAGAAAUCUAAGCUGUUCGAAGAUCUACGUAGACAAGUCUUUCCUGAAGACUUCAAAAACAAGUACGCCACAGAGCAUCGUAUCAUCAGGAAAAUGCUCUCCAACACCCCUGCUGAACGACCAGAUGUUGAAGAGAUUGCGAAGUACCUUGAAGACUUUCUGCUAAGGAACUCGACUGCAUUAGAACAGAAGUCUGUUUGAGGCACCACUGGCUGCUCCUGCCUAGCCAGGCCCAAGAGUCUGGAGACAUUUGUUCAGUAUAUUAACUAUAUUGAACAGCUGUAGGAAAUGUGGGUUGGUCAUUUAUGUUUGAAAACAAACGAUUGACAGAUUAAUGAAAAUGUGUAGCAGGAUUUAAACAAAAGAUUGUACUUGGAAUGCCUAGAUAUGAGACUGGCUAAAUUAUUUUUCCAAUGGAGUAAUUGUUGUCAUGUUGAUUAUCUUAUUAAGUCAAAGCUCAAAUCUAGGUCUUAUUGAGUGUUCGCUAUAGUGACACCUAAACUUUGGAACAGCUUACCGACCUCUAUCAAAACUGCUCCAACACAACAUAUUUUUAGAUCCAUGUUAAAAACGCAUAUUUUCUCUCUAUGCUACAACUUGUAAUGUUCUCUGUUGUUUGUUAUGUCUUUUGGGUAUCAAUGUUUUACUGGGUUUUACAGACGGUUUUAUUGUAUUUUGUGGUUCUGCAAACACAUUGAACAGCACAUUGGACAACUAUUGUUGUUUUUAAGUAUGAUAUACAUUUGAAAUGAAUUGCAGGUUGCAGGUUAAAAUCCUUCUUCUGUUUGUCUUUUCAUAUAAAGGCUUCUGCUAGAUGACUAGCUUUAGCUAGCAUAGUGCAUCUUGCAUACACUAUGCAAAAUGCUGUACUUUCAGGUACUUUUAAAACAGUACAUUAUAACAAAGAUCAUCGUUAUUAAGCUACAAUCAUGUUUACUGUAAUAACGGUCUGAUAAAUAAUGAUUGACCUUGUCUUAAGGAUCUGUAUUUUGACUAAAAAAAAUGUAUUAAAGUGAAUAGUUGGAUAUUCCCUCUCAUCAGUUA